CUCCUUCCCUCCCCAUUUGGAAACCAGACCUGCCUUUCUCGCUCUCCAGCCCCUGUUUCCCUUCCAUUCUCUCUCUCUCCUCCCAAUCCCACUCCUGGCCUUUUAAACCCUAACCCUAAACCUUACUCCAAAAUGGAGAUUAACUUCGGGCAUUAGUCUAGGGAACGAUUCGAUAUUGGAGCCCGGGGGUUGACAGAGGAUUUUUGCGGGUGUCACUAGAAGAAAUCUCCCAUGAAUUAAUUACGUCAUUGGAUUCUUGUUCAAGAUAAGAAAAGGGGAUUUUAGUGAAGGUUUUUGGACUAUUUGGCUCAGUUCGACUUCGUCCGCUCUCGUUCCAUUUGUACUUUGAACAUUUCAACGGCCAGCUCUUUCGUUCGAUAAAGACAGAAGAGGGAAAAGGAGGUAGUGAAGAGUGGAUUAUCUUUAAGCUCUCCCAUCCUCAUCGAUGGGGAGAAUCGUUCUCUAUCCACUAUAAAUCCAGAGCCUGGAUUACGCUCUCCGGAUUCUUAUUUCAACAAUCCCAUGCCCUGAAUAGAAGAAACUCCGCUAUCUCGGAUUCCCCUAUCGGAAAUCUUAAGUUGUCUGCUAUAAAUUGUAGCUCAAAGCCGGAUCAUGGCUUCCCAUAGAGUUCUUAGAAACGGUCGUUCCACCCGGGUACCAUCCGACGAACUGGAGGAGAUCAGCAAGCCGCCUUCCAUUCCUCCACCGCCCACGGUGGUCUACGGCCACCGCACCAACUCCGGCCGGUUCGUCAGCUACUCCCGGGAAGACCUCGAAAGCGAGCUCAGCAGCGUCGACUUCUCCAACACCAAUUACCAUGUCCUUUUUCCCAUGACCCCCGACAACCAGCCGAUGGACCCUGCAAUCUCGGCCAAGGUCGAGGAGCACUAUGUCUCCAAUUCCCUCUUCACCGGUGGAUUCAAUAAUGUCACUCGUGCUCACGUCAUGGACAAGGUGAUCGACUCCGAUGCCGAUCCCCACCACCCCCAGAUGGCCGGCACCAAGGGCUCCACUUGCGCCGUCCCUGGGUGCGACUCCAAGUUGAUGAGAGACCAGAGCGGGAAUGUUAUAUAUCCUUGUGAAUGUGACUUCAAGAUCUGUCGUGAGUGCUUCAUUGAUGCAGUCAAGACCGGUGGCCGUGUCUGCCCCGGCUGCAAAGAGCCAUACAAGACUACUGAAUGGGAGGAGCUGGAAAGCGAUGCCAAUGGAGCUAUAUCGCUGCAACCACUGCCGUCGCCGGUGCCUGAGAUGGAGACGAAGAAUCCCCUUAGCAAGUCUUUGACCCACACAAGGACCCAGGUGGGGGAGUUCGAUCACAACCGAUGGCUGUUCGAGACGAAGGCGACUUAUGGAUAUGGGAAUGCUAUUUGGCCCGACGAGAAUGGCGACGGUGAUGGGCAUGGAGGAGGCCAUGGGCAGCCAAAGGAACUGGUUGGCAAGCCAUGGAGGCCACUCACACGAAAAUUGAAGAUCCCUGCUGCGGUCCUCAGCCCGUACAGGCUUCUUGUCUUCAUCCGCUUGGUUGCCCUUGUCUUGUUCCUUCUAUGGAGAAUAACACACAAAAACCAGGAUGCAAUAUGGCUCUGGGGGAUGUCUGUUGUGUGUGAACUGUGGUUUGCCUUCUCUUGGCUUCUGGACCAGCUUCCAAAACUCUGCCCUGUCAACCGAUCUGCCGACCUCGCAGUAUUGAAAGAGAAGUUUGAAACACCAAAUGCUAAAAACCCCUUAGGCAAGUCUGAUCUUCCAGGUAUGGAUAUCUUUGUCUCCACUGCAGACCCAGAGAAGGAACCUGUACUGGUCACAGCAAAUACAAUUCUUUCUAUUCUCGCCGCCGAUUACCCGGUGGAGAAGCUCUCCUGCUAUGUUUCUGAUGAUGGAGGAGCACUUCUGACAUUUGAAGCAAUGGCUGAGGCUGCCAGCUUUGCUAACAUAUGGGUACCUUUUUGUCGCAAACAUGAUAUCGAGCCAAGAAAUCCAGAGAGCUAUUUUAAUUUGAAAAGGGAUCCCUAUAAGAACAAAACCCGAUCUGAUUUUGUGAAGGACCGGAGACGAGUGAAGCGAGAGUAUGACGAGUUCAAGGUUCGGAUCAAUAGCUUGCCAGAUUCGAUUCGUCGGCGUUCUGAUGCAUAUCAUGCUCGUGAGGAGAUCAAGGCCAUGAAGUUGCAACGAGAAAAUGCUGGUGAUGAUCCAAUGGAACCUGUGAAGAUUCCAAAAGCAACUUGGAUGGCUGAUGGAUCUCACUGGCCAGGCACUUGGAUAAACCCAUCACCAGAUCAUUCUCGGGGUGAUCAUAUUGGAGUUAUACAGGUGAUGUUGAAGCCUCCAAGUGAAGAAUUGUUGUAUGGGAACAAUGAAGAAAAUGAACUCCUGGACUUCGCAGAGGUGGACAUUCGUCUGCCCUUGCUCGUCUAUGUGUCGCGCGAGAAGCGCCCUGGUUAUGAUCACAACAAGAAGGCAGGCGCCAUGAAUGCUCUUGUUCGUGCCUCCGCCAUUAUGUCAAAUGGUCCCUUCAUCCUCAACCUCGACUGCGACCACUACAUCUACAACUCUAAGGCCCUCCGAGAGGGUAUGUGCUUCAUGAUGGAUCGUGGCGGUGACCGCAUUUGCUAUGUCCAAUUCCCUCAGCGGUUCGAAGGCAUCGACCCCUCCGAUCGCUAUGCCAAUCACAACACCGUCUUCUUCGACGUCAACAUGCGCGCUCUCGAUGGACUUCAGGGGCCAGUUUAUGUUGGUACUGGUUGCCUCUUCCGCCGCAUUGCUCUCUAUGGUUUCGAUCCUCCUCGCUCCAAAGAACACCAUCAUGGUUGCUGUAGCUGCUGCUUUCCAAGAAGGAGGAAGAAGAGCUCCGCAACUGUUGCCUCAGAAGAAACCAGAGCACUUAGGAUGGGGGAUGUUGAUGAAGGUGACAUGAACCUCGCCACAUUUCCAAAGAAGUUUGGAAACUCCAACUUCCUCAUCGACUCGAUACCGGUGGCUGAGUUCCAAGGCCGGCCUCUUGCCGACCAUCCAUCCAUCAAAAAUGGCCGCCCUCCUGGUGCCCUCACCAUCCCACGUCAACUUCUUGAUGCCUCUGUAGUAGCUGAGGCAGUCAGUGUCAUCUCAUGCUGGUACGAGGAGAAGACUGAAUGGGGGCAGCGAGUUGGAUGGAUUUAUGGUUCUGUGACUGAAGAUGUGGUCACUGGCUAUAGGAUGCACAACAGAGGAUGGCGGUCGAUCUACUGUGUGACCAAACGUGAUGCCUUUCGUGGCACAGCUCCGAUCAAUCUCACCGACCGGCUCCACCAGGUCCUCCGGUGGGCAACGGGCUCUGUCGAGAUCUUCUUUUCUCGCAACAAUGCCAUUUUUGCCAGCUCAAAGAUGAAGCUUUUGCAGAGGAUUGCAUAUCUCAAUGUUGGCAUCUACCCUUUCACCUCCAUCUUCCUCAUUGUGUACUGCUUCCUCCCGGCGCUCUCGCUCUUCUCUGGACAAUUCAUUGUUCAGACCCUGAACGUGGCCUUCCUCACAUACCUACUACUCAUCACCCUCACUCUAUGUAUGUUGGCUGUGCUUGAGAUCAAGUGGUCAGGGAUUGAACUGGAAGAGUGGUGGAGGAACGAGCAGUUUUGGGUCAUUGGUGGUACUAGCGCUCACCUUGCUGCUGUGCUCCAGGGGUUGCUGAAAGUGGUAGCUGGGAUCGAAAUCUCAUUCACCCUCACUUCGAAAUCAGCCGGGGAUGAUAACGACGACGAGUUCGCUGACCUCUACAUUGUGAGGUGGACAUCAUUGAUGAUACCACCACUCACCAUCAUAAUGGUAAAUGUGAUUGCAAUUGCCGUCGGUGUCGGCCGAACAAUAUACAGUGUGAUUCCACAGUGGAGCAAGCUGCUGGGUGGUGUGUUCUUCAGCUUCUGGGUGUUGGCUCAUCUCUACCCAUUUGCAAAGGGACUGAUGGGAAGAAGGGGGAGGACACCAACCAUUGUCUUUGUGUGGUCUGGGCUCAUUGCGAUCACGAUAUCGCUGUUAUGGGAAGCCAUUAGUCCCCAGUCAGAUAAUUCACAGAUUGGAGGUUCAUUCACGUUCCCUUGAUUCAUCCUGUGUUUAUCAUCUUUCUGAUAGAUUUUUGUGCAAACUGAAAAAUGCCAAAGGUUUUUGUUAUUGCUUCUGGGGAAUUCUUCUGCUUCUUUUUUAGUUUCUUCCUUGUAGUCUCUUUUAACCAUUUCACUUGUUCAGAGAGAGAGAAAAUUUACAUGUGAAGAAAGUUUAAUCCCCGUGUGUCAAUGUAUUCGUUAUUUUUGUAGGCAGAUAUCAGUCAUGGUUCACACAUGUAAUUCUUUAUAGUUGUCUAAAGUUGAAUUUACUGUUCAU